AUGGCUGAUCUCCGGGUGCGGGUCACAGUAGUAUCCCUUGCAAAGCUCUCCGCCGCAGUUAUUCUCGCUAGUACAUUUGCGUCCGGACGGACCCUCGUUCCAGUUGAUGUUCUGUCCGGGCCCACUAUUGUCCCCAGGGAUAAGGGGGCAACUAUCACUACCACCGCCGGAUUGCCGGCGCCCAAGUUGUCUUCGAGCUGUCGGGGGGUUGGUUUUUUGGGUGGGGAAGCAGGGCUUCACGUCCUCUCCCGGGUUGGGGGCUUCGUUCUCGAGAUUGUCCUUGAUGGUCGGGCACACCUUGGCCCAGUCUUCCGUCGACCCGUGCUCGCGGAGACAGCUGUGCUCGCCAACCUGACCGUUCCAGAUGACCGGCCGUCGGGCGGGAGCAAGGACUGGGCUGUUGUGUACCACGAAGCGGCGCGCAAAGAGCUGGAUGAGCUUCUUCACGUUGCUGGGCUUGUCCAACUGGGACUGCCAAGGAGAGGGCACCGAGCGGAAGUAAUUGGCCAGGGCAGCGACUUGAGGGGAGGCUGCAGGAGACCCAUGUUAUCCCUCAUGGGGGAGGCAGAGCCCGGGGCCGCGGGGCAGUUGAUCCCCCCCCCCCCGGGGGGCAAACGUCGUGAUAAAGCCGGCGUAGUUGGAAUCGUCCCACUUCCUGCCUUUUAUUUCGGAUGCUGCAACCACGAUCAUAUUGGGAAGGCCACCAAACUGAUCGUUAGGGUCCGCGAACUUGGGGGGAUAUCUUUGUAUAGGGACGCCUUCCGGCCCCCUCGCGUGGUUGCCGGCCGCCGCGACGAUGACGACGUUUUGCUGCUCCAGCUUCUGCAAGAGGGCUCCUAA